AUGGCGGAGCGGUUUACAGAGACCGGGCGGAAGUGGAGGGAGAAAGGGCGGAAGUGGCCCCGGGGGCUGCCGGGAAGUGUAGUUCCGCGGGAGGCGGGCAAUGCAUUGCAGCCCAGGGCCGCCAUGGAGCAGGCGCUGCUGGUGCUCCUUCUCCUUUUCUCGGGGUCGGUGGCGGCGCUGGAGCCGCUGAGCGUGGGGCUGGCCAUCGGGGCGGCCUCGGCCCUCACCGGCUACCUCUCCUCGCCCCGCUUCUACUGCAGCUUCGUCGAGUGCUGCCCCGCAGAAGGGGACCCCAAGCCCGGAGGGGACGCUCUGAAGGACGCCUUGGAUGAGAAGCUCUUUGGCCAGCAUCUCGCCAAAGACGUCGUCCUGAAGGCCGUGUCUGGUUUCGUCAACAACCCGAACCCGAAGAAGCCCCUGGCGCUCUCCUUGCACGGCUGGGCCGGGACCGGCAAGAACUUCGUCAGCCAGAUCGUGGCUGAAAACGUCCACAAGUUGGGUCUGAGGAGCAAGUUUGUCCAC